UGACUAGAAGUUGCUUAUGCUCUAAGGAAAUGCCCCUACCUGAAAUGUUGUGCCAUAAAUAUGAAAUUGAAAUUACUUUCUUCAGUACCGACAACCAUCUUCUGAGCACAUAACACUGUAUAAUCAUGCUCGCCUAUUCAUCAGGGCACCCCGCAUGCCAUAGCGAAGAGCGCUCUGCCCUGUUGCAAUUCAAGGAAAGCUUUAUUAUUAGCCGAUCUGCUACCAAAUUCCCUUUUGCUUAUCCAAAGGUUCAGUCCUCGAAGCUCGACGGAAAUGGUAGUGACUGUUGCUUAUGGGAUGGUGUCGAGUGCGAUGAGGAUACUGGUCAUGUGAUUGAACUUGACUCAACGCUAGUUGUCUCUGUGGUUCCAUUGACUCCAACAGUAGUCUCUUCGUCUGAGAUACCCGAACACAUUGGGAAUCUGAAGGGCCUUCGGUUACUCAACCUUUCCAACAAUAUCUUCUCUGGUUUCAUCCCGUCAUCCAUUGGGAAUCUAGCGAAGCUCGAAGCACUGGACUUGUCUCAAAACAAGCUUUCUGGGAACAUCCCUAAGCAACUUGUGCAGCUAACCUUCCUUCAGUUCUUCAAUGCAUCUCAUAAUCAUCUUACUGGGCCAAUACCACGAGGAAACCAAUUCAAUACAUUUCAGAAGAUUCAUUUGAUGGCAAUUCAGGACUGAGCGGAGAGCCAUUGUCAAAGAGAUGUGGAAGUCUCAAGGCCUUACCUACUCCGGCUCCGGCUCCGGCUACAGGAGAUGAACUUUUGGGACUUGACUGGAAAUUUGUUCUGAUUGGUUAUGGAAGUGGAUUUGUCAUUGGAGUAGCUAUAGGACACAUUUUAACGAAAAGAAAACAUGAUUGGUUCAUGAGGACUUUUCGAAUCAGGCAACAAAGAAGGCCAAAGCACAUAAGGAGACAUAGAAACUGAGCUUGCAAAUGUCAGAUGGAUUUCAUUUUCUGACAUGGAGGAAGCAGCCUCCACGAUCCUUUCUAUGCCUAAUGAUACACUGUACUACAUAUUUCAAUGUUAGGUUCUCUGUUUAUCUAGUCUAGUUCUAGUUCAGUUGUAAAAUAUUUCCAGGCUUUUGUGUUGCUUCUUGUUGUAAAUUCCCUACUUGAAUAUGAAUAAAAAAUGGAAAAUUAUUUAUCAA